AUCAAAUGGGCCCCUAAUUUACGGUUAUUCAGAAACUUCCAAUUUACAGUUCAUGAACUUGCUUUCGGUUAUCAAACAUGCCCUUAGAGAUGAAGUGACCGGUUCGGCAUAUUCAUACUUAAUAGUUGUAGACUGGUACGCACCUGUCCGAGUUUUUAAAACGGAUUCGUCCGAACUUUGGGUAUUCCUCGUGGUUUUCCUGGUUUGUAUUUCUCCGUAUCGCUGUGUGCUCGAACCAGUUGGGCCAAACCCUAGCCCUGCAUCGACUGCUGUUUUUUAACUUGUCUAGCCUUCUCCUCCUCCUUUUUAGUGUUCUCAAGCCAACUCUGGCAUUCCUCCACUGCAUUUGCAUGCCAUUUCAUCCCUUCUCAUCACUCUCUAAUCCCAUCCCUUUUAAUUGGAAUCAUUUGCCCUAUCUCCACCAUGAGGCUCCAAUUGCUCCACUCUAGGGUUUCCUUUGCAACUUUCUCUCGCCAUUUUCUAGAGCAGAGGCCAGGCCAAAGCCCAAUCAUCGGAGAUCCCCUCUCUCUACAAUAGGGCCUAUUUCCAAGCCAAAGCCGAAGAAAUACAAGCUUCCCCCUUUCUACGAUCCCUUUGGGCCUAGACCUCCUCCCUCCGAUAAAGUCAUCAGUUUAGCUGAUCGAAUCGCUAGUUUCUCUCCUGACGAGCUCAGGCAAGUUGGCCCUUAUCGUAGGGAGAAGCUUAGGGCACCUAAAAUUCAAGAGCUUUCUUAUGAUGCCAUGGUUUCAAGUCCUGCUGCUUCUGGUUCAGCUGCAAAGGUGGAGGAGAAGAAGGUUGAGAAGACUGCACUUGAUGUUAAGCUUGGAAAAUUUGAUGCUUCAUCCAAGAUAAAGGUGAUCAAGGAGGUUAGGGCUUUUACUAAUUUAGGCUUAAAGGAGGCCAGGGAAAUAGUUGAGAAGGCUCCUGUUCUUCUGAAACAAGGGUGUACGAAGGAGGAGGCAAAUGAUAUGAUAGAGAAGAUUAAGGCUGUGGGAGAGAUGGAAAUGAUGGAGUGAUGGGGUUUUUCUUUUCCCUUGUUUUCCUUUCCGACUGCUGAUAGGCAUUCAGGUUGGUGAAACUUUUAGCUUUGUAUCAAAAAAAAAAAAAAAA